GGCCUUAAGCACACUGGCAGUAAAUGGCAAAGCUGCCCCGGCACCCCAAGCAGCCUGGUCUGCAGACCCCGCGCACCACGCCCCCUUUCCGGCUGAGUCACCGAGGGGUGCGGGCAUAGUUGUGGGCUGCACCUGGGGCCGUCGGGUAGGGCAGGGCGUGAACGGGUCACCCCGCUACGGAGAGACCCACGCCCGUGUCCCCCGGGCGCUGCGCACUCACGGCGGUCUGCAGGUUCUCGCGGCUCCCUCCUCGACUUGUUUGGGUGCAAGCUCUCAGAGGAGCUGGGCAGAGGCGAAGGCCGCCCGCCUGCCCUCCCGGAUUCGCCCCGCUUGCCACCCCCACCUCCCACCCGCAGCCUCCGCGUCUGCGCAGCCGCGAUCGGCUCCGUGCUGGCUCUGCAGUGCCCUGGACAGGGUCUGGUUGGGGAGGGCUGUGUGUCCUGUGACGGCAGAGCCUCAGACAAGGGAGAAGGAACCUGGCUGAGAAGCUCCACCUGCUCUUUGGAGAAAUGCAGAGUUUCAGUCCCGAGCAAACCCGGGGGCUGCUGGAGCCAGAACAUACCAAGUCGCUGCUGCCUCGGGACAGCAGGGCCUGGGAGAAGCCAGUCCACCCAGCCUUUGCCCAGGACUGGGAGGCCGUGGAGGUCGGGGCCGCUGCUGGCUGUGACAUCGGGGAGAAAGGCCUGACUUCUCAGGAGUCAGCACUUUCCCACGAGUGGAGCUCCCUGGAGGAGGAGGAGGAGGAGGAGGACGAUGACUUGCAGGACUCCCAGGGCUUUGUGGAGUGGUCCAAGUCCCCACAGCAAAUGACAAUUGUCUUGAUUGUGUGUGUGGUCUUUCUGUUCCUGGUUUUAACUGGAAUGCCCAUGAUGUUUCACAUCUAACAACCGUGGUCGUGGUGGCCCUGAAACAGAUGCCCGGGCUUGUGGCAAGCAGGUGUCCUGGCUGACAAACCAGGAAUGGAUAUUGCAUACUUAUCUUUUGCCUUUCAAAGAUCCAUGGCGAUAAUUUUAAACAACUUUUAGCUUGACUGUGUUCCAUUGAAAUGAAGACAUCAUUGAUCGCAAUGCACAUUAUUUUGUAACAUCCCUGAGAAAGAAAAAUGCUAAUUCCUCACGUGACACCACUAACUGGAAGCCGCCUGCUCAGUUCAGGGAAGGCGGACAGUGUGCAGUUUG